GCCAAAGGCAAGGGUACUAAAAAAGCAGCCACUGGCAAACGUGGCAAGGGAGCUGCAAGUGAGGAUGGUGAAGAUGAGGAUGAGGAUAAUGUACCCCCUAAAGGUCGUCGAGCGGCUAAUAAAAAGAAACCAUCCCGGACAGAGGCAGAUGAGGAAGACAGCGACGAUGGCAUUCCUCAGAGGAGAUGCGCAGGAAACAGGCGAAGAGGAAAAGUGAAAGACAAGGGUGGAGAAGGGGGAGACAACAAAAGAAGCAAGAAAGGUGGGAGAAAAAAGAAAAACGCUAAAGAGAAAGAAAAAGAUAAAGACGGCGACGAUGAUAAGAAGAAGAAAAAGAAUAGCAGUGAUGAUGAUUCGAAAUCUGAUGAAGAUGAGGACUCUAUGUCUGAAGGAGAAAUGGCCAGAUUGAUGGAGGAGGUAGAGGAAAAGAAGAAACUGAUAGCAAACAUCAGGAACAAGCCCUGGAGAAUGAGAAGACGACUCAAAGUUCUCAAGGAGGCUCAGCAGUUUGUGGAUAAAUUUGAGGGGGCUUUGGGCAAAGGCAAAGGCAGAAAGCUAUAUGCCUACAAAGUCAUGAUGAUGAAGAAAUGGAUAAAAUUUCAAAGAGAUUUUGAAAAUUUUAGAACAGCUUGCAUACCUUGGGAACGGAAAAUCAAGGAAGUUGAGAGUCAUUUUGGGUCAUCAGUUGCUUCAUACUUUAUUUUCUUGCGUUGGAUGUACGGCAUGAACAUGGUCCUCUUCGGCUUGACAUUCGGCCUGGUUGUGAUACCAGAGGUUCUCAUGGGACUUCCAUAUGGGUCCAUUGCUCGGAAAACUGUGCCAAGAGCGGAUCAAGCCACUGCAAUGGAUUACUCUGUUCUUACGGACUUCAACGGUUACUGCAAGUACUCAGUACUUUUCUAUGGCUACUAUAAUAACCAGAGAACCAUUGGCUUCCUGAAGUUUCGCCUCCCUCUGUCUUACCUCAUGGUGGGCAUUGGGACCUUCGGGUAUAGCCUCAUGGUUGUGAUCAGAACGAUGGCUAAAAACGCAGACGUGGGGGGAGGGGACGGUGAGGACAAUGAAUUCACCUUUGCCUGGAAGAUGUUCACCAGCUGGGAUUAUCUUAUUGGGAAUGCUGAGACAGCCGACAAUAAAUAUGCCUCCAUCACCACCAGCUUCAAAGAGUCUAUCGUGGAUGAACAGGAGAACCAAAAAGAUGAGAACAUACAUCUCAGGAGGUUCUUACGUGUCCUAGCAAACUUCCUCAUCACUUGUACUUUGGGAGGAAGUGGCUAUCUCAUCUACUUUGUAGUCAAACGCUCCCAAGAGUUUGCCAACAUGGACAACCUCUCAUGGUAUGAGAAGAAUGAGCUUGAAAUCAUCAUGUCCCUUUUGGGUCUGGUUGGUCCAAUGCUCUUUGAGACUAUUGCUGAAUUGGAGGAAUACCAUCCACGUAUUGCUCUCAAGUGGCAGCUGGGACGUAUUUUUGCGCUCUUCCUUGGUAAUCUCUACACAUUCCUGCUUGCUCUGUUUGAUGAGGUCAAUGCAAAACUAGAAGAAGAGAAGUCCAUAAAGAAUGCCAGCAUCUGGUUAAUGAAGGAGUAUUAUGCCAACUUUACAGCCAACAACCCAAAUACCACAGCCACCCCACCUCCUAUGGACCCUGCUGAUAUCAUCAGAGGUCCAUGCUGGGAGACCACAGUGGGAAUAGAGUUUGUGAAGCUGACUGUAUCAGAUAUUCAGGUGACGUAUCUGACCAUCCUAAUUGGCGACUUUCUGAGAGCAAUGAUUGUGCGUUUUCUGAACUACUGCUGGUGUUGGGACCUGGAAGCUGGCUGGCCUUCCUAUGGUGAAUUUGACAUUAGUGGCAACGUGCUUGGUUUGGUUUUUAAUCAAGGAAUGAUCUGGAUGGGUGCAUUCUAUGCUCCUGGUCUGGUUGGAAUCAAUGUUCUGCGUCUCCUGACUUCUAUGUACUACCAGUGCUGGGCGGUAAUGGCCUGUAAUGUUCCUCAUGAGAGAGUCUUUAAAGCUUCUAAAUCAAAUAACUUCUACAUGGGCCUGUUACUGCUCAUUCUUUUCCUGAGUCUCCUGCCUGUGGUUUACACCAUUAUGUCUUUACCUCCUUCAUUUGACUGCGGACCUUUCAGUGGCAAGGAAAGAAUGUUUGAUGUCAUUAUGGAGACCAUUGAUUUGGAUCUACCAGCAUUUAUGGGGACGCUCUUCAGCUAUGCAGCAAAUCCUGGGCUCAUUAUACCUGCAGUCCUGCUCAUGGUGCUGGCAAUUUAUUAUCUGAAUUCAGUGUCAGAAGCCUACAAGAAUUCCAACAUGGAGCUAAAAAAGAAGAUGCAGAUGGCACGAGAUGAAGAGAAAAACAGACGCAACAACAAAGACAGCACCAACCAGGUGAUGAAGGACUUAGAGGAUCUGCUUCCAAGUAAUUCUCGGGCACUCCACGCCCAUCCACAACAUAAUGCAGAAAAAAAACCUGACCAUGGUGGGAGAUCCCCAAAAGUGAAACCAGGCGCUGCCGGAGGUGGGGUGCAUCUGCAGAAAGAUGUGUCACUCGCAUCAGCCAAUCCUAAUGCCCGGGGGCCUGUGACUCGAGCACCAGGCCCCCGGGGACCUGGUCCACUUCCUGGCCAACCAGGGGCUGGCAGGGGCCAAGGGCCACCCCCUAGACGGCAAUAAUGUGUGGCCUAUUUAAUAUUGUUUGCACUGGUUGUCUAUGUGCUUAAACUCUGCUUUAGAAGUGGUAUUGGUUAUUUUUUUAAAGAAAAUAAUAUAAUAUGAAUAAGAAAUGCUCAUAUGUGUUAUACUUUUAAUGUGUGUACAUGAUAUUACUGCAUACCUGUGGCUUAUUCAAGGUUAAGUAAUCAGGAUACAAAUACUAGUAACUGUAAUACGUUACAGUUAUGUAAAAAACAUAGUAAUACGAUUACAGUUACAUUUGGUAAAAAUGGGAAUACUUUCAGGAUCACAAUGAUUUCAUUUAAAACUAAAUAAAUCAUUAUUUUUUCAUAACACUUUCAAGCACAGCUUGACUGUGCAGUAGUUCCUGUUGUCAGUGAUGACUCACAUGAGCCACCUGCUGGUGCAUGGGCAAAUAACACAACAUUCCCUACAGACACAGAUCAAACACAGCUAAUUGAGACAAUACUCCCCACAGGGAAAAUCAUUUUAGCUAAAAUGUUGUGUUUGUAAGUGCUUUAAAUUUCUGUUGAUGGUAUGAUUGCAGUUGUAAGUUUUGUAGUGGUUCCAGAAACUGUACAAAUUAACAGAAGAGUAGUCUACCCUUGCAGAGAAUUACAAGAUGUUAGCUGUAUAGGAAUACCACUGCAAACGUGGCAGGCCAAAUUACGGCUUCAGUCAGCAUUAUUUACCUGUAACUCUUUA